AUGGCGGCAGAACUAACCAACCAACGAAUCUACAUCUCCGCCUCCCUCGUCGCGCUUCCACUCUUUGUGCUUUGGUCCUGGAGACAGCGUCGUUUGAACGCCAUUGAAGCUGUUGCGAUGGCUCAAGCACCGACCAAGACGGUUGUUAUCAUUGGUGCUUCGUGGGCGGGCAUCAAUGUCGCGCAUGGAUUGUUGAAAGAGGUUCCUAAUGCCAGGGUUGUGUUGGUCAGUCCCUCUGACGACUUCUACUUCAACGUUGCAUCGCCGCGCCUUGUCAGUAAACCCAACGACAUCCCCCGCGAGAAAUACAUCUACCCCAUCGCCCCAUUGUUCAACAAGCACGCCAACGCCAAGACGAAUUUCCAGUUUGUCCUUGGAAAGGCUACUUCCAUCGACCUUGAGGGCAAGAAUGUUAUUGUUCAAGACGUGAACAACGGCACAACCAACACCCUCACAUAUGAUUAUGUGGUUAUUGGUUCUGGAAGUACAUCCAACGCCACCACGGGCACAGACAGCCUCCAAGUCCCCUUCAAGGAAUCCGGCAGCGCAAAGAUUGAGGCCGAACUCAAAGCCGCGCAAGAGGCCAUCAAAUCCGCAAAGAGCAUCAUCAUCGGUGGCGCUGGUGCAGUGGGCGUUGAAUUUGCCGGUGAAGUCGCGGAAGCUUAUCCUGGUGUUGAGGUGACUCUCCUCACAAACUCGGACAACGUCCUGUCCGGCUUUCGGGAACCUACGCGCCAAAAAGCGGCCAAAGUGCUGAAGCAAAAGGGCGUUAAGAUCCUGGCCGACAAGACUGUUACCUCGGCCUCCAAGGACUCGGCCGGAAAAUGGAAUGUGGUCACUGCUGAUGGUCAGACGCUCACCGCUGACAUCUAUGUCUCUACCACCGGUGUUCUGCCUAAUAACGACUUCAUCCCGGCCUCUCUUCUCAACAAGGACGGCUGGGUAGAGGUCGACAACCACUUCGUCUCCAAGGCCGACUCUUCCGUCUAUGCUGUCGGCGAUAUCACGCACUACUCUGCGCGACUCGUGUCCCGUAUCACCGGACAAGUCUCUGUCUUGAUCUCCAAUUUGAAGGCCGAUAUUACCGGCAAGGGCAAACGGGCUGCGUACAAGGUCGAUCCAUCAAUUAUGGUUGUUAUGCCCAUGGGUAAGUCGACGGGGACAGGUCAAAUCGGAAGCUUCACGCCGCCGGGAUUUAUGGUGGCCUUUGUCAAGGGCAAGGAUUACUUUACUGGGUCUGGAAAGAAGUUUAUCGCUGGUUAA